UCAACACCAACAAACAAAGAAAACACACAAACUAAAGUCUCAACCAAAAGCUCUAUAUGGCAACUACAACUUCCACUCUAUUAAUUCAAGAAUUCAUGGAGAACUUCCACUGCUCAAGAAGAUUACUCCGGGAGGCGACCACCAUGGCACCGCCUCCGGAAGCAGCCGGAAUUAGCCAUGAUCCAAUUGAUGAUCUACCAAUAGGAAAUAAUGUCAACACAUUUGAUGCAAAUGUUAUUAUGGUAUUGGCAGUACUUGUAAGUGCCAUAAUUUGUUCAUUUGUGUUAAAUGCCAUCAUAAAAUGUGCAUUUAGGUGUUCUACCCUAAUAUUGGUCGACUCAUACUCAAACCAUACAAAUUCUUUAGCCGCCAAUAAAGGUAUCAAGAAAAAAGCCCUCAAGACAUUUCCAAUUAUAACAUACACUACUGAAUUGAAACAUUCGGGGCUCGACUCUGAAUGUGUCAUUUGCUUAUCGGAAUUCGUGGUUGGAGAGAAAGUUAAGGUUCUACCAAAGUGCAACCAUGAAUUUCACGUCAAGUGUAUUGAUAAAUGGCUCAAUUCACAUUCUUCUUGCCCUACUUGUAGGCACUGCCUCAUUGAAACUUGUGAAAAGAUUAUCAACGAUGAUAGUUCUGUUACUACAAAUGCAAUUCCAUCACUUCCGGUACAAGAAGUUAUAAUAAGGAUUGAACCUCUCGAACGUCAAAGUGUUAUAUCGAAUUAACAACUAAAAUUUGAUUGAAAAAUACGAUUAUUUCGUUAUUAAUUGUAUGUAUGUAUGUAGAAAAAUUAGCUAGCUAGCAUGAUGAGGCCAACGACAGUGUAGCUUUCUAAUGAUUCAUUAGUACUCUU